UGUCCAAUGAUUGUGGCGUAGAAGAAGACUUGGUCUUCAGCUUGGCUGGUCGAGGCACCAUCUCCUUUCAAGCCAAGCCUUUGUGCCGUCCAGGAAUCGCACAGCCCCAGCUGUUUGGUGCCCACCGACCGUGAUCCAUUGGAGGAGACUUUGCUCUAAGCUUGGAAGUUGGAACCCCAUCUGUCAACGAAGGUCCCGUCAAAUGGAAGCUGCCGGCAGAGGAGGCGCCGCUUUCCCGGGGCCCCAGUGGCUGGAGGGCAGCUCCGCAGCGGGCCGCAGAAGGAAGCGGACGGUCUUCACCAAGCAGCAGCUGGAGAUUUUGGUGAGCGCCUUUGAAAAGCACCGGUACCCAGGCAUCGGCAUGAGGGAGGAGCUGGCAAGAAGGAUCGGCGCCCCGGAAUGCAGGGUCCAAGUGUGGUUUCAGAAUAGGAGGGCCAGAUACCCUCUGGGGAAGAAAGAGGAUGCCACAGCAGAUACCAGGCCUUGGAGCCAACAGAAGAGCACUCCCAAGAUGCUGACCACCCCUCGUGACUGGGCAGCAGCUGGACAGUGGCCUCCGGAACACCCAGUUCUAGGAGGCCAGUUAUUUGGACAAAACGACCUACAAGGCAUUCCUCUGCCUCCGAUGUACAAGAGUAUCUCUCUUCCUUCUCCACCAACAGCCAUCCUUCCUUCUCAAGAUUGUCUCAAUAAGGGCAGCGCCUGGCCUUCAGGUUCCCCUGAUAUGCAUCCAGCACUACCCCAGAGACCCCUUCCUCCCCUUCUGCAAAGAAUGCAGUCGGCUACCACCCUGCCCCAGCUGACACUGGAAGAUCUCACCAUUCUUCACUGGCCCACUGGCAGCAACUAAACCUGAGAGCGCUCGUCGUCUCCCCAAGCUCCCCCUUGGGACUUCCACCUGGAUAGGAAAAGAGCCAGUUUGCUGUAGCGGUUAAGAGCACAAACUCUUGUCCGGGAGAGCCGGGUCUGAUCCCCCGCUUCUCCACAUGCAGCUGCUGGAGUGAGCUUGGGUCAGCCACAAGUUCUCUCAAAGCUGUUCUGUUGAAGAAGCAGUUCUGUCCGAGCUCUCUCGGCUCCACCUACCUCACAGGGUUGUCUGUUGUGGAGAGGGGGAAGGAAAGGAGAUUUGUAAGCCACUCUAAGACACCUUCAGAUUGUGAAGGGUGGGGUAUAAAUCCAAUCUCUUCCUCUUCUCUUCACAAGUCAAUGUAUCAGCUGGUGCUGAACCAAUCCUCUGAAGUUCUGGGAGGAGUUGCCCAUGCGGACUUCUUGGCGAUUGGACUGCUUGGCGAUUGAGCUGCUUUGGUGGGUGGUCUUCAGAACAUUCACUUUCCUAUGACCCAGACUACUGACAGGCCCUAAUGUAUUGGACUUCUUUGCGCACUCAAGGGUAUCUUCUGCACUAUGCUUGCUCGGGGUGAAGUUUAAUCUAGUGGUGAGCCUUAUGUCUUCCACUGUAAGCAUUUGAUAAUGGUUUUGGAACUGGAUUAAAAUUAUUUAUUCCACUUCA